AUUGAACAUUGGCAACCCUAGACGCUAACUCGUUGAGUUUUUUGUUUGACGGUCGGCGUGCUUUCAUUUAAUUUCUGGAUUUUUCGUGUAUUUCUUCCUGCAUUUUAUUAGUUACGAAAUUAAAUUAUGGAUGAUGAAGCUGAGACCUACAAACUGUGGCGUAUUCGCAAAACCAUUAUGCAGUUAAGCCACGACAGAGGUUAUUUGGUGACACAAGAUGAAUUGGAUCAGACAUUGGAACAAUUCAAGGAAAUGUUUGGCGACAAGCCCAGUGAAAAACGACCGGCUCGUUCGGAUUUGAUUGUUUUGGUGGCCCAUAACGAUGAUCCUACCGAUCAGAUGUUUGUGUUCUUCCCCGACGAACCUAAAAUCGGAAUCAAGACAAUUAAGACCUAUUGUACUCGUAUGCAGGAGGAGAAUAUUCAUAGAGCUAUUGUUGUUGUUCAGGCUGGUAUGACACCCUCGGCUAAGCAAUCUCUCGUUGAUAUGGCUCCCAAAUAUAUAUUGGAACAAUUCUUGGAAUCCGAAUUGCUGAUUAACAUCACUGAACACGAGUUGGUUCCGGAACAUGUGGUCAUGACACCUGAGGAGAAGCAAGAGCUGUUGGCUCGAUACAAGUUGAAGGAGAACAUGUUGAUGAGAAUUCAGGCCGGUGAUCCAGUCUCUAGAUAUUUUGGUCUUAAAAGAGGUCAGGUUGUAAAGAUUAUUCGUUCUUCUGAGACGGCUGGACGCUAUAUUUCUUAUCGACUGGUUUGCUAAAAGAAGAAACCGGGGACAAUAUAUAUAAGAUAGUUUAAUAAAUGCAUUUAGAUUAUAGAAUUGGAUGACUGGAGAGAAAUAAAUAAUAAUUUUUAAGCAAAUCACUAACAUUUAA